ACACACUGUUGAAUUAGACGUGAUUACUUUUCCUAAUCGGAAUAGUGGCGGAUACUGAAGUGCUGGGUACCCUUUAAUGGUAUCCACACUCACUGCCCGGUAUAGCCACAUCAGUACUGGGUGCUGUCAGUGAACUGAAGCUGUUUGUGUUUGCAGGUGCUGGUGGAGCUGGUGAAUGAUGACAAUGUUGCAAUGAUACUGGACGAGCUGAGAGGGUACUGUACCGACGUGAACACUGACACCGCCCAGGCUGCCAUCUCAGCCAUAGGUGGAAUUGGGCGGAGCUACAGCGACAGAUGUCUGGAGAUCCUCACUGGACUGCUGGGGCUCAAACAGGAACACAUCACUUCUGCCGUGGUGCAGACCAUGCGAGACCUGGUGUGGGUUUGUCCUCAGUGCAGCGACACGGUGUGUGAGGCUCUGGAGGGCUGCGAGGACACGCUGCUGGACAGUCAGGUCAGACCCAUCUGGCAUGCUACCAUUUAAUCCCGUCACCACAUCACCCCAAUUCUGGCCUCACUACACUGGCUUCCAAUUCGGUUCCGCAUUGAUUUUAAAC